AUGUCGUCGCUUGUUCUCUUCCGUUUGGAUAGAAUGAACUUCAAUGAAGCCAUUAGAUCCGAUGGAGAGGAUCAAAUUGGAAGGCGUCAAGCACAUGAUUCCCUCCGAGGAGAAGGUCAAUUGUGCAACGCCAUUCUGUGGGGGGAUUGGGAUUUAACCCCAAUGUACUCGAGUACGAGUCACCGAACCGACUCAUGGAUAAAUACUACAGAGUAG